AUUUAUCAAAUGUACUCAUAUGCUCCUCUUGGGGUUUCCUUUGCCUCUCCAAUUGCAACAUCAGUAGUGAGACCAGCUCCAGGUAUUGACUGAAAUCACUUAUUAAGUCUCCUAUGUGUAGCCUGUCUCUUAUGCACAACCAGUCUCAUAUGCUUAACCAAUCACCUAUGCUCAACCAGUCACCUAUGCUCAACCAGCUCCAGCCACAAUCAAGGGAGAAUCAAGAUACGAAUACGUCCCUUAUUAGAAAUCCGUAGUGGAAAUGGAAGAGGAAUAAAGAGUUGUGAAAGUAGUUGCUUAUAUAAAAUUGUAGGUGCCCAAAUAAAAGUGGGUGACAGAUUAUUACCCAGUUGAAUACCAAAAGGAAUACGUCCCUUAGGUCACAUACGAAAAAUAGAUUGAUUAUGUUCCAGUCGAAAAAACUGUUCCAAGAGUGGACUACUUAGAAAGAGAAGUAAGAAGAAGCUCAUUUGUGGCUCCAAUCAAUACAGCUCCACAAAUCCAAUAUGCCUCUCCUCUUUCCUAUAGUGUUGCUGCUCCCAUCGCCCCAGUCACUACCAGCUAUGUGGCACCUGCGUAUAGCACAGUCUAUAGAUAUUGAAUAUUAAGAAAUAUAAUAUGCCUGCAUUAUAAAUU